AAGUGAUACCAGUAUCGAUCAUCUGAUAGUAUAGUGAAAAUAGAUGAUAUAGUACAAGGGCAAGAAGUGAAUGCUCGGUCUAGAAAACAAUUAUGUGCUAGGAAUACGUAAAAUAAAAUGAAGAACGUGAAGACGUACUGGAUGAAAAUGUCAAUUACACUUGGACGAACUUGGAAAUCAAGUUAGUACAUCAUGACUACUUUCCUGUGAGAAAUAAAUAUCCGUUUUACUUUUAUUAAGGCAUCAAAUCGAUUAGUUGCCACUUUUCUGUCCUAUUUUCUGUUCUCAUUUAAAUUGCAAAUAUAGUAUUUCUAUUACCUUGUAUUACAUCCUGACAUAUUUUAUAUUACUUUUGUUGUUAUCUAUGGAAAAUUAAUGAAUUUUACCUUGCAAAAAUGCGCUAGAAAAAAAAUUAUAUAAUAUUCUUUACUUGAAGAAGGAGAUAUUCAAAAUUGCUUUGAUAUACCAUUCUCAAAUGUUCGAAUGUGGUAACUCUAAUAAGAGUAGUCUACAUUGAUACUCAAUUUCUUUAAAUCAUUGAACUAUAUUGUAACUGGAAUGCGCACCAGGCCAUUGCCGUUUAGACAAGGUGCACGUAGCGGGUAUUCCUGUCGUUCUUUUUCACUGUAGCUGUGACAAUAUUAUACAAUCAAACUUAACUUACAUUGUAUAACCCAUCAACAAGUAUUCGAACUUCAGAAGUCAAUAUCUCUUGAACGAAGCGUUUACGAGCAUACUUCCAGAGGAAAAUUUUGUUUUCUUUUGAAAUUCUGAAUCUAUAUUUUCAGUCUGGCCAUUUAAUCCGGGAGCACCCUGUAUAUUGGAAAAAGACAACGAUCCCCACUAUUCGCCCUUUCUUUCUAAACGAAUCACGUGGCCCGAGAACAAUAGUGGUCCGCAUUCUAGUUAGGAUAUAGUUCAAUGCUUUACAUCCAUCGAAUGUCUUCGGUCGCAAUUGGUUUAUGUCUAACCAUCGAAUAAUACUUGUUGUUAAAAAGUGUGCUUGUGACAUGCGGUGGAUUCAGUGUGACUGAACGAUCACGUUCAUAUUUUUUGUACCAAACGAAGCAGUACGGCUGCUUCAGUUCAUUAUCUUGUCGCAUUACAUAUUUACCUCUUGCAAUGGCGUAUGGGUGUUCUGCCCAUUGAGCCACAACAGCGAAGAAGAAGAAAAAGAAGAACAAUGCUUGUUCAACUUCAAUCUUCAAUCUUCUGUCUUUUCUUUCUACGAUUAGCUUUAGUAUAUUUUAAGGGGAAGCUGGAGUUGUCUAUAUUACCGACGGAGUGAGUGAUUUUUUAAAUCUUCAUCAUCUAUUCACCUUUUCAUUGGUUGCGCAGAAUAAAAAAUCCUUUUGCACGAUAUCAAGGAACUAAUUUUGUGCUCUGUUUUACUCUUGGGACACGAUGUUACACAAAAAUAUAUUCACAAAAUUGUAGCGCACAGAAAUCUUUUUAUUUACACUUCUAAAUUCACUUCUAAAAGUAUCCUCGUAUUCCUUCAUUGUAUCUCCAGUCCGCUCGACAGCGAUUUUAUACAUACAAAGUCCAUAACUUUCAUAUUACACAAAUUAAUGUAAUGAGGUUAGGUCACAAGCUGAUAACAAAACUGCAAGUUUUAAACUUUUUUCCAUUUUGAAUAUAAAGCUCUGUCUCUGUCUUUUUUACUAUGUAUACUUCAUUUUUGGAAAAGGGGAUUUUUUUAUUCUGAACAACCAAUAAAAAGGAUUCUGUGUGCUACAAUCCUCAAUUUUGUCGAUAAUACAAACGAUUCCAGCUUCCCCUCAAGUUUAUAAAUUAAUGCUAAAAACUUGGCGGGUCUUGUUGCUGGAUUUCAAAAUAUAAGAUAUUAAUGUCAACUUAGAAAUUAGAUGAUUUGAUAUAUAUUCACAUUAGGGACGACCUCACCGAUUUCAAUGUCCUUGACAUAUAUUGUUUUUAUAUAAUGUUUAUAGUUUUUAUAAAUAGAUCACAGGUAUGAACAUUUAAGUUAAGAUAAUUUAUUUCCGGUAAUAUAUUUUGUACGAUAACAUUUGCAUUCACAAUUGGCGACGUGUUGUGAUAUCAUUACUUUUGUAGAAACCGUUUUUAGUAUGGUAAGUAUACAGGGUGUAAUUUAAUUCGCGCCCACUAUUUAAACAGUGAUGUUUCUCAUGAAAAACUGAGUCGAAAAGUCCUAAAUGAUUUUUUUCUAUAAUGUUUAAUAAAGUAGUAAUUAUUGAGUAAAGUCAAUCCUAUCAACGCCGUCCUUUUGAAGUGUACCCGUCUGUGAGUUACACAGACUGUCUAAUAAAAUAAUUACGUAUUCUUACUCCAUAAUUAUUCUUAUCCAUAAUCGAAACGAUAUGACAAUUUUUAGCGUUAAAACGAUGUUAUACUUUUUCCAUAAAACCAACCAACGUGUGCACUUGGCAUCGUUUUUACUUUUUUAUUUUACAACCCAUAUAAUCAAAAAGACUAAAAAACCGAGACGAAUAUAUGUUACAACACAAUAAAUAUUGUUUUGCAAAAAACUGAUACUUGUGAAUGCAAUUCAACAUUCUUUACAAACGUAAUAAGUCGCAGAUAAUGAUAUGCUAUAUAAUUACCGUCAUAUCAAAACUGACGUGCACGUAGGAUUAACCAGGUAAUGCUCCUUUUAAGAAACAUGUAUACGUUACGAAGUCGUGGACUAUAAUGAAGAGCGCGAAGAUGUACUGCCUGGAAAAAUCAAUUGCGCUUGCGCAAACCUUCCGCAGAAUAUCAUGUCAUAUAACUACUUUUCUAAGAAACAAAUAUUCGUUGUACUGUCAGUACGACGUCAAAUCGAUCGGUAAAUUGCCCACUUUUCUCUCCCGCGCAAGUUGCGCGAAAAUUAUUUCUAUAGCAUUUUUAUUUCUGUAUUAUUUCGACAGCAUUACAUGGCAUGUCCUAUAGUACUUUUAUAGUAUCAUAGCAUUUACUUACUACGUCGUAUUUAAUAUUUUAUGUCACACGUUAUGUUCAUACGUUUAUGACAAAUUUUAAGAAAAAUUGUGUUCAUUUUAAUGCAAUAAGGUAAAUUGUUUCAAUUAGGUAAUUUGCACUGCAGGUAAUUUAUCUUAUGCUAAAAGAAAAAUAUUCUAAAAUAUUCUAGUAUACUUCGGAAAUUGAAGUAUGUGAACCCCGAUCGACAUAUUCUCAGACGUAGUACGUUGAAUGCUCGAUGAAGAAUGAUCUGUAUAGUUGAACAUUUUAGGAUCCAACGAAUUUUGUUAUUCGCUAUUGGUGUAUGGCCUUACAACCAAUCAAAAUGUGUUCAAUUCCAAUAUUUAUUGCUUUCAGUUGUUUUGAAUAGCUUUGUUAUAUUUCAGCUAACACCGUUUAUAAAUUCCGAAUUAACUGUUGAUCUUAUUAUAAAACUUCUGUCUACAAUUUUUUUUUCUCUUUUGUGUCUAAUUCAUCAAGUUUCUUUUUGGAUUAACAUAGACGUUGUGAAAGGUUUUGUCGAGCGUCUUCAGGAUGUCUGUAACGAUUUAAAAGACGAAAAAGAAAUCGCUAUAAUAAAGAAAUAUGCAAACAGCGCGGAAUAUAUCUCAAUUCUAGUUAUAUUACUUGCGGUGUGCUGCGCAUUUAUUAUUACUCUUAUGCCAAUUUAUCCACGGAUUCUUAGCACUGUUCUACUCGUAAAUAUAUCUCGACCACUUUACAAUAUGCAAUUCGUAACUGAAUAUUUUAUUGAUAAAGAAAAGAAUUUUUACUUAAUUUUGCUACACACAUAUGCAUUCCUUUACAUUGCAAUAAUUGUACUUGUGGGAGGAGGUUUGAUGGGAUGUGCAUACCUUAAACACGUUUGCGGACUAUUUAGCAUUGCUAGUUACCGUAUAGAACAAUCAAUGAUAGCAAAUAUUCAUGAAAAAACUGAUCAGUGGAAUAAGAUGAAGAAGAAGAUACGUCUUGCAGUGGAUGCCCAUCGCACAGCCAUUGAGUUGUCUGAAUUCUUUAUGUCUAGUUUCAAUGAAACAUACUUUUGUUUAAUGGUAGUAGCCGUACUUUGUUUAUGCCUUAAUCUAUACAAAGUAUGUCAAACUGUAUUGCGAGAUAAAGUGGAGGAAUUUCUAUUACACCUUAUACUUGCAAUUUCUAUGCUUGUAUAUUCGUUCCUGGCCAACUCUUGCGGUGAAGAAAUCACAGAGCACUACAACAACAUGUUUUCUUCUGCAUACAGCAUUGAGUGGUAUAGGGCUCCUAUACGUGUACAGAAAUUGAUAUUGUUCCUGUUGCAAAGAAGCUGUAAGAUGCACGGCAUUAAAAUAGGUGGACUUUUUACAGCAUCUCUAGAGGGCUUUGCUUCGCUAUCUACUGCAUCGGUAUCUUAUUUUACUGUUAUAUAUUCAAUGCAGAAUUGAUAUCAGUAUUAAUCAUAAUAUAUUGAAAGUAAAUAAAUAAACUUAAAGAUAAGUGACAGCAACUGUGUCGUUUUAAAAUAACUUGUUGCGUAAAAUUAUCAAGUUACUAUGAGUUCAAUAUUUACAAAACAAUUAUUUACAAAUUAAUUAUUAUUAUAAUAAUAACAGUUUGUAUAAAAGUAUUGAAAAUAAUCGGAAUAAAAUGUUUGAGCAUAUAAAAUGUUAUGCAAUAGCGGUAGUAAAUUACACUGUAUGCAUAUAUGAGCGUGCAUGCGUAACGUACACGCGCGUGAACUUGUGUAUCAGGUUUCUACAUUUGUGAAAGUAGUUUUUCAAUUUACAUUUAUUAAAUAGUUUACAAACUGAGAUCUUUUCACGGAAUUUACCAAAUGCCUAUAAUCGUUAUGGACAUUCCCACGGAUGUCAUUUAAUCAAAAUGAACAUCAUUAGGAAAUGAUUAGAAAAUUGUCCUAUUGUAAGAUGAUAUCAUUGUAUAUAACAGAUAAAUACAUAUGUUUAAAAACAUGCAUGCUUUAUAAAAAACUAAAAUUUCUUAAUGCAGUUAUACAAUAAUAUAACAAAAAUAAAAAUUGCAUAUAGAUUAUAUGUAUUGUACAAGAUCAACAAGGCAAUACUCGGUUUAAAAAACAAUUAUAUGCUAGGAAUGCAUGGAAUAAAAUGAAGAACAUGAACAC